UACGAAGGGGGAGGGGGUAUCCCAUCGGAGUCGGCACGCGCAGACAGCAGGGAGAAGCCUCAGCAGCUAGACGAUACCGUUGUAUUUUUCCUGUGAACCGAGUGAAUAGCUAAAUAUCUCUGUUUCAACAUUUUCUCUUAAAAACGUAGGUUGACGUCUGUAUUUAAGAAAUUUAAAAUGGUUGAUCGCGAGCAGCUGGUUCAGAAAGCCAGGCUGGCUGAGCAGGCAGAGCGAUAUGACGAUAUGGCAGCUGCCAUGAAAUCGGUGACGGAGCUGAAUGAGGCGCUGUCCAAUGAGGAGCGGAACCUACUCUCGGUGGCCUACAAGAACGUGGUGGGCGCCCGGCGUUCCUCCUGGCGCGUCAUCUCCAGCAUCGAGCAGAAGACCUCGGCCGACGGCAACGAGAAGAAGAUCGAGAUGGUGCGGGCGUACCGCGAGAAGGUCGAGAAGGAGCUGGAGGCCGUGUGCCAGGACGUGCUCAACCUGCUGGACAACUUCCUGGUCAAGAACUGCAACGACACCCAGCACGAGAGCAAGGUGUUCUACCUGAAGAUGAAGGGCGACUACUACCGCUACCUGGCCGAGGUGGCCACUGGCGAGAAGAAGGCCGCCGUGGUGGAGUCGUCCGAGAAGUCGUACAGCGAGGCGCACGAGAUCAGCAAGGAGCACAUGCAGCCCACCCACCCCAUCCGGCUGGGCCUGGCGCUCAACUACUCCGUCUUCUACUACGAGAUCCAGAAUGCACCUGAGCAGGCCUGCCACCUGGCCAAGACCGCCUUUGACGACGCUAUCGCCGAGCUGGACACCCUCAACGAGGACUCCUACAAAGACUCCACUCUCAUCAUGCAGCUGCUACGAGACAACCUCACGCUGUGGACGAGCGACCAGCAGGACGAGGAGGGCGGAGAGGGCAACAACUAAAGAA